UCCUUCAUUGUCUGAGUAAAACUCAACUGGAGUGGAUCUUCCGUGCUGUGUGUAAUCCCAGCCCUCUCUCCUCUCCGCUCUGCAUGUUCAGUCGUCCGCCAUGGCGAACAUGAGACGGAAUUUCCCAGGAUCAACGACCAGCGCCUUCAAGUCACUGGGGCUCAGGAGCUGCUAAUGCGACGGCGGUGGAUGUAAUCUACAACACAAGCAGCUGGGAAUAUAAUACAGAUCGAUUGGCUCCCCGCGUUGCACGGAAGAGGGUGGGGCACCAUGGUGGAGCCUGACCCGAAGGCGUCGGCCGCGGGCCCGCGCCUCGGCGCCCCGGUGACCCUGGGGAUCAGCACCCUGGACCCGGGGCUCCGCCCCCCCGCCAUGCCGGCCGGGCGCCGCGUCACGGUGCGUGUCCGCAUGCUGGACGACUCCGAGGAGCUCUUCGACGUCUCGCAAAGAGCGCCGGGCAAGGUGCUGUUCGACCUGGUGUGCACCCACAUGAACCUGAUCGAGGGGGACUACUUCGGCCUGGAGUUCCAGGACCACCACAAGAUGACGGUGUGGCUGGAUCUCAUCAAGCCUCUCAUGAAGCAGCUCCGCCGACCCAAACACACGGUGCUGCGCUUCGUGGUCAAGUUCUACCCCCCGGACCCCGCCCAGCUACUGGAGGAACUGACCCGGUACCUCUUCGCCCUCCAGCUGAAGCAGGACCUCUCCGCCGGACGCCUGACCUGCAACGAUAGUAGCUCCGCCCUCAUGGUCUCCCACGUUGUCCAAUCGGAGAUCGGGGACUUCGAGGGCAGCCAGAGCCGGUCCCACCUCCUCAACAACAACUACAUUCCAGACCAGAUGGCCCUGAUGGACCGCAUCAUGGAGUUCCACUCCAAGAACACUGGGCAGACGCCGGCGGAGUCGGACUACCAGCUGCUGGAGGUGGCGCGCCGGCUGGAGAUGUACGGCGUCCGACAGCACCCUGCCAAGGACCGGGAGGGCACCCAGCUGAGCCUGGCCGCGUCCCACACGGGGGUGUUGGUCUUUCAGGGACACACGCGGAUCAACGCCUUCAACUGGUCCAAAGUACGCAAGCUGAGCUUCAAGAGGAAACGCUUCCUCAUCAAGCUGAGAGCCGACCUGAACAGUUCGUACCAGGACACCCUGGAGUUCCUCAUGGGAAGCCGGGACUGCUGCAAGGUGUUCUGGAAGAUCUGCGUGGAGUACCACGCCUUCUUCCGGCUCUUCGAGGAGCCCAAGCCCAAACCCAAGCCCGUCCUCUUCACUCGCGGCUCCUCCUUCAGAUUCAGCGGACGCACGCAGAAGCAGGUCAUCGACUACGUGAAGGAGUCGGAGUUUAAGAAGAUCCCGUUUGAAAGGAAACACAGCCGGGUCCAACAUGUCUGCCGGCUGUCCCCCGUGCCUUCGCCGCGGAGGCAGGAGGUGCCCUCAGAGCAGAGGGGCGCCCCCUGUGGCAGAGUGGACUCCCCACCCCAGCGCCACUGGAAGGAAUCAGCGCUGGUGACCGCAGAAGACCCCGCCCCCUCCUCCCCCCGGACGCGGGCCAGCCCCGCGGUGAGCCUGAGGAACGGCCGCGAGGACCCCCGGACCACGCCCCCCCCCGGAGGGGCCCGCCCCCAGCCGGAGGAGCCCAGCAGGCCCCGCCCCCACCACCCGGAUCCUCUGAACACAGGAGGGGGGGUCGUGUCCGGCGGCCCCCAGCCGGCGGCGUCCCCGGGCGCCCCCCGCCCCCACGCGCUCCUCAACGGCCAGAAGCAUUCCCUGGACCUCUGCGGCCUCAGCCCCGACGGGCGCCAGCCCUCGCCCCUCACCAGCCCGCUGCUCUACGACGCCGGCUGCGUGCGCACGGACGACGAAGACGAGGUCCGCAGGAAGAGGUUCCCCAACGACCGCGCCUACUUCAUCGCCAAGGAGCUGCUGACCACAGAGAGAACCUACCUGAAGGACCUGGAGGUGGUGAGCGUGUCCUUCCAGGCGGCGGUGGCGCUGGACGAGGCCGCCCCGGAGCCCCUCAGGUCCUCCCUGUUCUCCAACUUCGAGCCGCUCUACAAGUUCCACAGCAGCUUCCUCCGCGACCUGGAGCAGAGGGUGGCUCUCUGGGAGGGCCGCUCCAACGCCCACAUCAAAGGAGAGUACCAGCACAUCGGAGACGUCAUGCUGAAGAACAUCCAGGGGCUAAAGCCCUUGACAGCUAACCUCCAGCGCCAGGCGGAGGCCCUGGUGGACCUGGACCAGGCGUGCCGGUCCUCCCGCCGGCUGCAGGACGUGUGCCGGGACUUUGAGCUGCAGAAGGUGUGCUACGUCCCCCUCAACGUGUUCCUGCUGCGCCCGCUGCACCGCCUCACGCACUACAAGCAGAUCCUGGAGCGCUUCUGCAAGCACUACCCGCCCACGCACGGGGACUUCAGGGACUGCCGAGCGGCUCUCGCGGACGUGACGGAGGUGGUGGAGCAGCUACGGGGCAGCAUGCUGAAGAUGGAGAACUUCCAGAAGCUCCUGGAGCUCAAGAAGGACCUCAUCGGCAUCGACAACCUGGUCAUCCCUGGACGGGAGUUCAUCCGGUUAGGUUGUCUCAGCAAGCUGUCGGGAAAAGGCCUCCAGCAGCGCAUGUUUUUCUUGUUCAAUGAUGUCAUUUUGUACACGAGUCGUGGGAUGACGGCAACCAACCAGUUCAAAGUUCACGGCCAGCUGCCACUCCAUGGCAUGACGAUCAGGGAGAGCGAGGAUGAGUGGGGUGUGCCCAACGCCUUCACUCUGAUUGGUCAGCAGCAGUCGGUGGUGGUGGCCGCCAGCUCCCUGUCAGAGAUGGAGAAGUGGAUGGAAGACAUUAAGAUGGCGAUCGACCUGGCAGCCGAGACCAGCAACGGCCCGGCCUCAGACAUCCUCAGCGUCGACAACAAAUUCCCAGAGGACUCGUCGGCGGAGGCGGAGUCUGAGGACGACUUGGCGGCGCCCCGCGGCCCCCCGGAGAAGCCGCCCCCCCACCGUGCUAACACCACGGUGCACGUGUGCUGGCACCGCAACACCAGCGUGUCCAUGCUGGACUUUAGCCUAGCUGUGGAGAACCAGCUGUCAGGGAACCUCCUGAGGAAGUUCAAGAACAGCAACGGCUGGCAGAAGCUGUGGGUGGUCUUCACCAACUUCAGCCUCUUCUUCUACAAGACCCACCAGGACGACUACCCCCUGGCCAGCCUCCCCCUGUUGGGAUACUCCGUCACGGUGCCCAGCGAGGCGGAGAACAUCCACAAGGACUACGUCUUCAAGCUGCACUUCAAGUCCCACGUGUACUACUUCCGCUCCGAGAGCGAGUACACCUUCGAAAGGUGGAUGGAGGUGAUCCGCAGCGCCACCGUUCCUUCCAGCAGAACCCGGAUCCAGAACCGGAAGAACGAGACCAUUCCUCACUGAGCCAACCCACUACCCCCAAACCACCUCUCUCUCUGUCUUUCUGUCUAUCUCUCUCUCUGUCUUUCUGUCUUUCUCUCUCGCUCUCGCUCUCGCUCUAGCUCUCGCUCUGUCUCUCUCUCUCUCACUCUGUCUCUCUCUCUCUGUCUCUCCUUCUCUCUGUCUCUCUCUCUCUCUUUCUCUCUCUCUCUUUCUCUCUCUGUCUCUCUUUCUCUGUCUCUCCUUCUCUCUGUCUCUCUCUCUCUAGCUCUGUCUCUGUUUCUGACCCUCUCUCUGUCUCACUCUCACUCUCACUCUCUCACUCAAACCACUCCUCAAAGCCAGGGUUUUUAUCUGGUGGUUGAAGUUCUACAUUUGAGUUCAGAUGUUUUUUUCUCCCCAGACAUUCCCUCAGUUUCCCCCGCCCGGCUUUGAGUUCCUACUCGUACCGGGACCUUUGUACAGCAGCCGUGUCCCGGGAUAUACGUGGUGCUUUUCGAUGCUUUAAUGGUGACACGUCCGCUGGUUUAGACGGCAUCAGAGGCUGUGUUUCUUUGCCGUUUUUACUCAACUCUGAAACCUCUUUUUUAAGACCUCAUUUUAUACCGUUUUUCUAAAUGGUCUGAACCACUACCAAUCUUUCUGGUUUUUACUUUAUUUCUUUUCUUUUCAUCGAGUUGUUUUGACAAGACGUAUACGUGGAUAGAUAUUUCCAAAAAAAAUAACGAUAUCUAUAUAUAUAUAGAUAUAGGUCCAAAAUGGUACUACGAUCACGACACUGUCAUCAGGAUUUUGUGUACUUUUUUCAUCUCUUGAAAACAGGUGCUUUGGUGAAUCCCAGAGCUCUAGUGCCAAACACUUUCAAAUUCUAUUUUGCUACGAAAAGGUGCAUCUUGUGUGAGUUGAUGUCAGACGUGAGCCCUCGUUUCAGUGGUGCACGAUGCAUUGUGUUCUUGUGAGAAAACAAAAUUGUGACGUCAAUCGCAAACAAAUCACCAUCACAAAAUUGAAAACUAUUUAGAUGUAUUUUUUAAAUCUACGAUGCGUAGCAAUGCAGUCAGGGUAGCUAACAUCUACACUUAUUCCAUUUCAAGUAAAUCCUUCUUUUUUUUACCAUAUUUCCUGAUCUUUGUUGUAUGCAUACUUUUUAUUCUAUGGAUUUUUUUUUAUGAAGUAUUGAGAGGUAAUCUAACGUUGACUGUAUGGUGGAGAUAUGAGAUACUGAUUAUUUGUGUAUGAAGGAAAAUUGAAAUGGAAAGCUUUUAAUGAUGGUGUAAAAUAAAAAGAAAAGGUUUAAACUUUCAGCUCCAAACACCGUUGUGUUGAAUGGCUGGUGUGAAGAGAUGUUUUAUGGAACUGAACUCGACAGAAAUAUGCAUAAAACAGGGUUACUGCGGCGUAGCAUUUUAGAUGGUUAACGUCAGUUCUUUGGAAUUGUUUUUCAUACAACAGAGAGCUCUUUGGAAAUGAAAGCAAUAAACACCUCAUUUGAACUC